AUGAAAACCAAACAAGUCUGUGUAUUUUCUACACAAAUAGGCAAAGCUUUUAAUAGUGAAGUUCUCAAAUUUUAUAACAUAAUUGAUCAACUAGUUUUGCAAGAAGUUCGAUUUAAUGUUUUAGGCAAAAAUUACUUAGCUGAUUAUCGUAAAAGAGAUAGUGAAAAAGAAAACCAAUCUUUUGACUUAUUUACUAAGGUUAUUGACAAAGGUCCAAUAUCCCAAGAUGCUUUUCGAUACUUGGCCGCUCUCCAACCUGAAUUACUACGAGAAUAUAAUAUUGCAAAUACUAGAAAGAGAAUUAAUGAGGAAAUGAGUAAGAAAGUAUCUAUUUUCAUUUUAGAUAUUGAUAAACCUCCCGAUAUUGAUAUAGAUAUUAAUCAAGAAUUUGAGGAGGUCUUAAAAUAUAUUGGCAAAGCAGAUUAUAGACAAAUUGCAGAUAUUAUGCUCUUUAUAAUUCCAGAUCUUAUAAAACGAAAUAUUCUCAAUACAAAUAAUUCAAUAAUUAAUGCUCGAAUAUCAGAUGACGGACGUAAUGUGAGUAAAAAGAUAAAACAUGUUAUGAUCACAUUUACUAUUUUAGAUGAUAUUUCAAAUGUUCAUAAUGCUGAUUAUCAUUAUACUAUAAUUCUCUAUCCAGGAAGUGAAAAUUAUGAUAUGUUAAAAAAAGUACUGCAACCUAUAAGUGAUGAAUUAUAUAAUUUGACUACAAAUAGACUAAUAGAUUCAAACAGUAUAAAUUGGAAAGUUAAAUUCCAUUUUAGUAGUGAUUGGAAGUUUAUGGCAAUUAUACUAGGGUUUAACACUCUGAACUCAAAUUAUUUUUGUCCCUGGUGCCUUUGCACUAAAAAAGACAUUGGGAAUAAAGACAAGGUAUAUAAAAUUGAGAGAAGCAUGGAUUUACUUAAAUUAGAGUUUUUUAAUAACAAAUCACAAAUUUCAAAUUUACUGCUAGGUCAACUCAAAAUUCCUUUUCUAAUGAUGAUCCCUUUGGAUUGUUAUGUUCCUGAUGAACUCUAUAUUAUGUUGAGAAUAUGGGAUCAUCUUUGGUUGCUAGUUAUUCAGGAACUCAGAUCUGAAACCUGA